CUUUUUAGAUUUGCUAGCUAAUACAGAAAGAGCGAGAGAAGCCUUUGCGAAUUCGGCGUUGUCUAGACGAGAACUUUCACAGGCUUGCCGCUGAAGGAAGACCGUCGAGAAAAUAUCUCAACAAGGAUAAAGAAAAGCCCUGAUUUUCUCCAAAGAUCUUAGCUUGAUCGAAUUACAAUAGGGGAAUAUUGCGCGCCCGUUCUGUGUACCUACUCACAGCUGCAGAUUUUGAAGAUCUUACUUAUCCAGAUCUGAUUGUUGACGGGAAAGACUGUCCAAUUAUUUUUGUGGUGUACGAAGUUUAUCAAGUGGAAGGUGGUUUCCUGUACAAAAUUACUGAACUCUCUGUGACAAACCGGGCCAUGGGCGUUUACGAUCAAGGUUCUAACAUCACUUCUUUGCCAAUGGAUUCUUCUAGGAAGAGGAAAAGUCGAAGUAGGCGCGAUGGUUCUAAAUCUGUGGCUGAGACUCUUGCAAAGUGGAAAGAAUACAAUGAAUAUCUCGAGUCUAGCAAAGGUGAGAGUAAACCAACUCGCAGAGCCCCGGCCAAAGGUUCAAAGAAAGGAUGUAUGAAGGGUAAGGGAGGGCCUGACAACUCAAGAUGUAACUACAGAGGCGUUAGACAGAGAACCUGGGGAAAAUGGGUCGCUGAGAUUAGGGAACCAAACAGAGGAAGUAGGCUGUGGUUGGGCACGUUCGCUACUGCAUACGAAGCUGCUCUUGCUUAUGAUGAAGCUGCUAGAGCCAUGUACGGUGCUUGUGCCCGCCUCAAUUUUCCUCACAUAUCGGAUCAUACUUCUUGCAAGGAAUCCCUCAAGGACUUUUCACCGGCUACAACUUUAUCAAGUUCUUCAGUGGCAACUCCUGCUGGUUCGGACACAACAACCAUGUCAAAUCAUUCCGAGGUCUGUGCGGCUGAGGAUGUCAAGACAACACAUCAACCUACCAAAAUCAAGGAUGUGGACGAUGUGCGUCUCGAAGCUGAUGAAGUUGCCUCUGCAAAUAUCAAAGUGAAGUCGGAACCAAAGGAUGGGUCUGUCGAUCUCACAGAUCAUGAGUGCGGGGGGUGUCAAUUUGUGAAACCACAAGAACCCGGGAUUAGAAGGGAUGGCAAUGAUGAAAGUAAGGAUCUAAUGGACUAUUCUUGGCUUGAAGGGAAUGGUUUGGAUGGUGAUUACUUGCAGAAUUUCUCUAUGGACGAGAUGUUUGACGUGGAUGAACUUUUGGGGGCUAUGGACAAGAAUCCAAUUGGUGACUCUGAAACGUUUGGUUGUGGUCAAAUGGGCCACGCUGGAGACGGAAACCUCAAGAGUGAAAUGCCAUCAAGCUUCUCCUAUGAACUGCAGAACCCCGAUGCCAAGCUGCUGGGAAGUCUGCACCACAUGGAACAGACACCAUCAGAUGUUGAUUAUGGUUUUGAUUUUUUGAAAAUAGAGGAGCCAGAGAACAAUAGUAGUAGAGAGGAUGAACCGCAAUUUCUUGAUUUCAGAUUACCAGAUCUGUGAUGCAUGAUAAAUGGAGAAGGCUGCAUGAAUUUUGUUUGAUGUGGUUGCGGAGGACGUGCGUUAUGGGCAGUAUUAUUCGCUUUAACACCUAGUACGACUGUAACUUGUAAUGUGUUUGCAAGUUGCGGAACGAAUGCUGGAGUUGCGUCGUGGGAUAUGUACAUUUGUCCAUGCCUUUUUAGAACAUAGGCUGAGCUGAUUCUCUUAGUUUUUUUUGUGGAAUGGAGAAUUUAGCGAGUGUCAUUUGUUGAUUUUUCUCCUUUACUUUUGUAUUUUUGCUUUUGUUCGAGUCAGAGUGGCUCUCAAGAGAAGGGCUGCACGAGCAAGGGGCAUAGGGUAGGAGAUUGGCGCACUUGAUACAGCGUAGUGUGCUGUCGACAGGAAUUUUCUUAGAACGAAAGUUAGUUUUUCGCUGAAGUCGUCACUGACUCUUGUAUACAAGUAAAGAUGAAUGCAGGAAAAAAAAUAGAUUUGGUGUUGC